AAGACCCAAAAUUAAAAAAAUAUAUAUUAUUUUUUUCAAAACAAAAUGUUAAAAAUAUAUUAAUAAAAUAAAGGAGAAUAUAUGAUUUUCUUUUUUAUGUCGGUCAAUUUUGACAUGCAGAGACAUUUGUCUCCACUAGAGGGCGACAGUUCACUGAACUGCAUAUAUAAUCUUAACGAGAAGAAAUAGAAGCCGUAGAAUUAAAGAAGAGGUUGUUAGUGGGAUUUGUAGUUAAUUUUUACAUGUCCCCCAUACUGUUACUGUAAGACGUGACGUUUUUGCCUACAGUUCCCAGCAGUGCUUGAACUAAGAACCCGAGCCGGUAUCAGGCGAGAGACCGAAGUGAAGCGGAUGUUCUGUCAAAACCCGGUUUUAUCCUCUGUCUAUAAAAGUAAGUGAGCCAUGAGGGUUCUUUUGAAGACAGCUGGUCUGUUCGGUUCGGUGUCGGUUGCUUUUGGUUCAGUUCUUUGGUCCCAGAAGAAAACCCAACCGGAUGCUCCAAAUUCCCCCUCUGCCGAUCUAAAAGCGGGUCAUCCUUACGAGCUCAAGCUGGUCCAGGUUGUGUUCCGACAUGGUGCUCGAACGCCACUCAAGCCGAUACCAGAUGUGAUGGAGGCUCAGUGGGUUCCAGCGCUCUUGGAUCCUCCGCCACACACCCACAUCAACUACGUGGUGACGGAUCUUCAGGGUGGACCCAGGCCUCCUGCUCCGAUAGAAGACAACUACAGAAAAAACAUUCUUAGUGGUGGCACGUUCCCCGGUCAGCUGACCACGCUGGGCAUGCAGCAGCUGUACGAUCUGGGCACCAGGUUAAGGAGGACUUACGUUGAGGAGCGUUCGUUUCUGAGCUCCACCUUUACACCUGCAGAGGUUUAUGUGCGCUCUACUAAUAUUGUGAGGACCGUUGAAUCUGCCAGGUGCCUGAUCGCUGGGUUGUUUCAACAAAAGCAAAAAGAAAUCGUGCCUAUUUUAACCACGCAAGCCGAAUCUGAGAUUCUGUACCCAAACUACCAUGGAUGUAAGCUGCUCAAAGCCCGUUGCAGCCAUCGCUGGGCCGAGUCGUCCACGCUGUCGGAUAUCGCCGCAGACCUGCAAAGCAUCCACAGCGCGCUGGGGAUCGGUGCUCACCACCGCGUCGACUUCAUCCUCAUCAGGGACGACAUGGUCGCCAGAGAGACGCACGGUCUUCCCUCCCCACCCGCACUGGAACCCUGGAAGGACACGGUGGAACGGAGAGCUGUGGACAUGAUGUUCCACGUCUUUCAACCCAGCAACAGGGAGAACCUACAGCUGAGUGUGGGCCCGCUCCUGCACACUCUGCUAGGCAACAUGGAUGAGAAACUGCAGGGAACCUCAUCCGAGCCAAACAGGAAGCUGUUCCUGUACUCCGCUCACGACACCACCCUCAUCCCCUGUCUCAUGGCUUUAGGCAUUUUUGACAUGAAGUGGCCGCCUUACGGCGCCGACAUCACCGUGGAGCUGCACCAAAACCAACAGACCAACGAGCCCUUCGUUAAAGUCUCCUACAUCGGCGAGGAUCAGCUGAUUCCAGGGUGUAGUGGCGUCUACUGCCCCCUGCGGGAGUUUAAACAGGCCGUCGCGGCGUGUUCGCUGAGCGUGGAGCGCUACCACUCACUGUGUGACAGCACAGAACCAGAACCCUGAGCUGGGUCACUCCACACACAUCACAUCCUCUACUCAUCCGUCAAUCUCACAACCGGAUUCAUCCAUGAGCCAUAAAAAUGAAGUCAAGCAGCAAAAACAAUCUAAUGUGAUAUUUGCAUGCAAAAUAGUUUUUUUUUUGCCUUACUACAAAUCCUCUGUGGAGGAAUGUAUUUACUGUUAAGGAUCAUUUUUCAACAACUCUUCAUAUUAAGAUUUAGUUUGAAACAAAUGAGUUUUUUUCAGAAUAAGGGAACAAACAAAGGAACCACAUUUCUCCUGUUUGUGAUUGCAACGUUUACAAAAGGUGCAAACUUGCUUUUUAAUGCAUUAAAGUAAUUAUUUCCUCUAAGAUUAGCUGAUUAUGUGCUCUCCCCCUUAAUUCUAUUAGAAUUUCCCUCCAAAAGAACUGUGGAUUUGUGAGCCUUCACCAUUUUUUCCAUUCAUUUUCAUCUUGGUUAUUUUCAUUCUACAUAUCAUGCAGUAAGCCUUUUGUGUUUGAAGCUGUGGCCUUCAUUUAACUUUGAGUCAAUUUAGUUUAUGCUAAAACAUCACUUAAUAUUGAUCCAAGGACUUUGAAACGACAAUUAAGCUAUUUAAUGUAAAAUUUUUAUUUUGAAAUAAGUAAAUGUUUCUUUUUAAGACAAAAAAAUAUGUGUAAUCAGAAGUGAAUAAACUCUAGUUUACUUUAGGUUUACAGAUUUAAUUUUCAGUCACACAAACUUCAGAUUUUAACCAUACUUCCAGUGUUUUUACUUUAAAAAAGUGUUAAUUUAGCUUUAUGAGAAAAUAUUCCUUAUCAAUUCAAAUAGAUUUUGAAUUAAAAUUAAAAUAUUGGACAAUG